CCGUUACACAGACGAGGCCCACCCCACGGCCUGCUCCCUCCCAUCUCCACUCCCCCAAACCACAAUUGACAAACGCACCAAACUAGGGUUUUGUGCUCACCUUCCACGCAGAACCAUUUUAAAACCUACCUGUAAUUCCACCAAUUCUAUCCAUUUAACCAUCAAAAUCCCAUCGAUUACCAUAUACCCAAAAAUCAUGAACCCAUUUCACAACAACUACCGACUCAUGCUGCAAGAAUCGAUCGACCACUUCUUGGCCGAACACAACAAGGGGUCCACCGAUUUCUUCGUCUUCGGCUCGAUUUUCCUCCGCUUGGUCCAGUCAAUGAGUGACCCACCACUCGAGAUCACCUGGUUUUACUCAGCAACGACCUUUCACAGCUCUGUCAAGUCGAUAGCAGCUGUGAAGGACUUGUUUCAGUUGUUGGUUUCGUGUUCGAACCCGUAUAGUGGCUCGAAAAGGGUCGCUGUUCUCGCUCCGGUUGUAUCCGAGUUGUAUUACAUUGUUGUUGAUUGCUUGGGUAAGGGUUUGGGCUUGAAGGGGGAGGUUGAGGGUUUGGUAGAAGUGGUUGUUAGUUACAUUCUACUAUGCUGUUCUAAUAGUUUUGAGCAGUGGGGAAAUGGGUCGGGUAAUUUGACGGGUGGGUUUGUGGAUUUGAUCCGUGUUUGGAGUGUCGGUCGAGUUGGGGAGAGGAGCGAGUUUGGGGAUGAUUUGAGGGUGUUCUUUCCACUUGUUAGUGAGGAGGUUCGUAGCGAGGUUAGUGCGGGAUGCGGAGCUGGUUACGUAGCUGGGAUUGUUAUGGUUGAGGCUUUUUUGCUGGGGUUGUGUUUGAAGUUUGGUUCAGGGGUUUCGGGUGAGGAGUUGCAAAAGGAUAUGCAGCAUUGGGCGGUUCAGACUAUAACGGGGUUUCAGAAUGGCUGCUUUUUUGAUAUGCUUCUCAGAAUGCUUUUGGAGCCAGGUUUGCCUGUUACCACCAUAUUGAGUUCUGAGAAUGAAGUUCUUCUCCGUCAAGUGCUAUAUGAUGUUGUGAUAUUGGUAGAUCAUUCAUAUUUAAAAGCUCAAAUGUGGACUCAGCAACCUGGUGACUGCUUGAAGAGUGUCGCCCUGACAUGGUUGUUAGUUGUAGAUAAUGCUGUACAGUUUGCUAGGGAAAUUUGCGACCAGACCAGAGCCAUUUCUUACAUAGAUGCCUUCUCCAAAUCUUGCUUACCCAAUCAAUUAAUUAAGUGGUUCACUAAUCAGACUGGUCUGGAGGACAAGAUUAGUCUACCAAAUGCUUCCACUCCCAAAGCUCUUAUCAGAUGGUUACAAGUUCUUGAAGAGCACGGGGUUAGAGUAUUUGGUCAUGACAUUUUGAAACUCCGGGCUAAAACAGUUAUUUCUAAAUCGAGAGUAGGCAAUGAGAUCUCUGAUUCCAAACCUGGUUGCAAAAACCAAAAUGACAGUAUCUUGUUUUGCCUUGAAAACCAGAAAGGACAAAAUAUAGUUGACGAGGAUCAAGAGAUGGCUAAUUGUUUGGACGAUGCAUUUGCUCCCGCUGCUUGCAUGGGACAUGCAAUGUCAGCUGGGAGGAUAAGAAAACGCAAAGAAGGCAGAGCAGAUGACUGGGAAACACGGUUUAAGCUAGCCAAGUUUGAUUAUCAACAAGAUUCAGUUGUAGAGACGCGUUUGACUUGUUGCGAUGGUAAUUUGAAUGGUGGGAAUGAUGUCAAAAUCCAGUCCAUGGUUUGAGCAUUGAGUGAAAAUUUUGUAUCUAACGAGGAGAUGAAGCAAUAUAUGAGGAGGGAUCUACAAGUCAAUAGCAAUUCUGGAAUUGCGCCAUUUUACGCUGCUAUCUAGACAUUUGUGAAGGAUGUGAAGUGUCUGCAGGCUGUUUGUAGAUCCGAGGCUUGUGUAUCUUUCCUCUUUGAAUGCUGAUAUCGAAAAAAUAAGCAACUUGUUUUGUUGAUGGUAUAAAUAUGCUUAGAGACUAGAGAAAUGUGCCAAUUCUGCAUCUAGCAAAUAGCUUGUACUCUUUUUGUUUAGCCCCUUGACUAGUUAUGAAAUCGACCAUUAUCUA